UUCUGUGAAAAACAAGGCUAGUGUUUUGCUAGAUUAAUGAAACGUUCCAUUAACCAACCAUAAUAGCUGUGUAUGCAAUCAGUUCAAAUCAAGCUAGCGAGCGAACUGAUUAGCUGGCUAAAUUAGCUACGACAUUUGCGUUAGCUUACUAUCAAGUUUUACCUGCACUGCUGACUGACAAAUGAAAAAACGUUGUGCAAAUAAACAUUUGAAAAGAUCUCUCAAAGGAAAUGCCAUUGGACUCAAUAUGUUGGGAGUUGGCAAGAUGCCUAGCUCUCAAAAUGAAGCAGUGCAUUUCAGCACAGUCCUCAACCACAGUGACUACUUCAUUCUGAGCCAGACACCCUCUCCAGGAGUGGUUGUCCAAGGCAGCAUCUUCCAACAUGCGUUUACCCCUGCUUUAGUGCUUCAGAAUAAUGCCCAAAGGAUUGAUGGCACACUAUGUCUUCAAACAGAAGAAUCGCCCAAGAAAAAUCCUUCUCUCCUACAACCUGCAGUUGUGUUGUCAAGUGAUGACAAGGAAGAGACCUCAGUCUGUUCUGGUACGCCAAUGUCAGGGACUAGUCACUCUUCACCAACGUCCUCUGGUGGCAGUUUGGAGACAGUCGCUGAUGACGAUGACUUCACAAGCAAUUACUUUACCAACUCCAAAACCAGACUACCAAGGAAGAAGCGAAUGAAAGACCCGUUUGGAAAGUUGGUCCCAGACAAACCCACCACAAAACGGCGAAGAGUCAAACAGAAUCAUCCCAUAUCACCUCCUCCUAAAAAGACAUCUGCUGACAUUUCUGAGAGGAUUGAUGUGUUCUGCAGAUGUGUGAGAGUGGGAACAAUGCGCAGGACACCUCCCAAGCAUGUCACCUUUACAGCAGAGUACAUCCAGAUCGAUGAACAAGUGCGGCUAUGGUCGUAUAGUCUGGCCAGUUGUGCGUGGAGCCAUACCCGAAACUUGCCUGCCCUUUUCAUCAAGACCACCUCAGGGGAGUCCCAGCGCCUCCGCCUUCUCCUCAAGAUGUCCCGAGCCAACGGGGGUGCCUGGUAUGACAGCAAGGGCCAACAUCUUGGCGAGAACUACAUAAUCUUAGUGUUUGAGAAUAUGCUGUCUGACCUGGAGAAAGUUGAACUGGAGAAGAUCUUCAGAGAAAUUGGCAGAGCAAAUAAAGCUCCUGAGGAUUUCACAGUACAGUUGCCAUUUGUGGAGGCCAACAGAAUACUGAUGCAUUCCUCCCAUCCAACCCCAGAGAAGCAGCAGUUUUUGGAUUCCAUUUGUGGCUCCAGUAAACAGACACCAUCUUCCAAGCCUCUUGCCCCAAGAUGGAUUGCACCUGCCCCACAACUGAUCUCUUUUGCCCCACCACGGAUCUCUCUUGCCCUACCACAAAUCUAUUUUGCCCUACCACGGAUCUCCCCCCCCCCAGCAUGCCUGUCUCCUCCCCCAGCAUGCCUGUCUCCUCCCCCAGCAUGCCUGUCUCCUCCCCCAGCAUGCCUGUCUCCUCCCCCAGCAUGCCUGUCUCCUGCCCCAAUACAAGUCUUGGAUGAUGAAAUAGUGGAGAUUGAAUCAACCUUCAAAGGGCCAGUCAAAAGGAUAAUACUGUACCCCCCUCAUCCAGCCAGAGGGGGGAUCUCUGUCACCAAUGAAGACCUGCACUGUCUCAACGAGGGAGAGUUCUUGAAUGAUGUCAUCAUUGACUUUUACCUGAAGUACUUGGUCUCUGCAAUGCUGAAAGAGGAGGAUGCCAACAGGAGUCACAUGUUCAGCUCCUUCUUUUACAAGCGCCUCACCCAGACAGAGCAGAGAAAGACCCCAUGCUCUGAGGACCUACCUGUGAAGAAAAGGAGACACAACCGAGUGAGAACAUGGACCAGGAAUGUUGACCUCUUCCAGAAGGACUUCAUCUUUGUCCCCAUAAAUGAAUCGGCACACUGGUUCCUGGCGGUCAUCUGCUUCCCUGGCCUAGAGGACCUCCAGCAGGAGCCCCUGUCUCCAGACUCCCCAUUCCCAGCCUGGCUGGAGGAAGCGGAGAGCAGCUUGGACAAGUGCUUCCUGAUGGACUACACCUCCCCCAAUCCCAUGUCCCUUUUCUUCAGCCCCCCGGGCAGCAGCACCAGGGGUCAGCCAGGCCCAGAAGCCCCAGACUGCGACCUCACCAUAGGGGUGAGGCUGUGUGUGUGCUCAAACGGUGGGGGCGGAGAGGAGCUGGAGCUCAGUGUGAGCCCCACCACCACAGGGGUCCAUGGUCUAGGUCUGAUGAAGAAGCAGCUCCUCUCAGAUGAUUGCAACGGAUAUGAAAUAGAAAAGGAUAUCUUUGCCUUUUCUCCUGUUCAGGAUUCAAAUCAGGACCAGUGCAAUGAGAGUGACCAGCAGGACAGUGUCGAUAUCUCCUCCCAACCCACUACCUGUAAACAACCUUGUAUCCUGAUCAUGGAUUCCCUAGGAGGCCAUGUGAGAUCGGGGGUCGUGAAGAUCCUGCAAGAAUACUUGGAGGUGGAGUGGGAGGUGAGGAAAGGGAGUCUGAGGAGUUUCUCUAAAGAUUCGAUGAGGGGCUCAAACCCCCAGGUCCCUCAGCAGGACAACUACAGCGACUGUGGCGUUUACCUGCUUCAAUAUGUGGAGAGCUUUUUCCAGAAUCCCCCAAAAGAUUUUGAGCCGCCCAUGGACCUGAAGGAAUGGUUUCCACUGAUGCUGGUGAAGCGCAAGCGAGCAGAUAUCAGGAAACUCGUCCUCAAAAUUCAACAUCAACAAGAGGACACAAAUGACUCAUAACCUCCAUUUUAAAUGGAUAUAGUAUUCAAUAGGAUGAAAUUCACCAUUUUGAUUUGGUGGGGUUAUUUAGUCUCCCUUGGUUCAAUGGACCUGGCUCAGUGACGGUACAUUUAGUUCCUUUACCUUACUCUGUAUCACAUUGUUACUGUGUGUGUAUGUAUAUAUAUACAUACAUACAUACACACCUCACCUUUUAAUUUUAAGGCAUAAUCUUUUUUCAUGGCUGCGCUUGUGACUAAGCAUCUGUGUUUUGCAAUGUUUAUUGGUUGAUAGGAUGGUGAUAUGAUUCUUCCCUUAGUUGUCGCAUCACAGAUUAAAAUAGCAUAAAUCGAGAAUUUCUGUGAAAAUGUAGCUUUGUUCUAUAAAGGGUUCCGGUUUAUUCUUAAUGUCCUGUUAUGCUUGAAAAUGUAAUGUCAGAGACAUGAGACUGUUGUAAUACAUUGUUUUGUACAUUUUUGAAUGUCUCUAGGUUCUCAUAGUACUUGCAUUAUUUGUGAGGGGCACUUCGUUGGAUUGCCCAUCUGAUAAGCGAGCAGCCUAGCAUUGUUCAAUUUCAUUU